AGUGCUUGGGGAGGGCCGCGCAGUCGGACCGGCUGCUGAGACGAAAGCUUCACUGGGGCAGUCUCCGCAUAUCAUGGGGAGAUAGACGCUGCUGCCUGUAGCUUUUGAGAAUGGCUGCCUCUCAUUACAGCGGGCUUACAGCUGUUGCUGAUGUAAUUAAAGAUCUAGACACUCAGAUAGCAUUGAUUGGCCUUGGUCCUCACAGCUCUAAAAAGAAGCAGGAUCUUGACAAGCUCUAUGAGCUGAAGUCUAAAGCUCGGCAGAUUAUGAACCAGUUUGGCCCUUCAGCGCUAAUCAACCUCUCCAGUUUCUCAUCUGUAAAACCAGAGCCAGCUAGCACCCCACCACAAGGCUCCAUGGCCAAUAGCACCACUGUGGGAAAGAUAGCAGGCACUCCUGGGACAGGCGGUCGUCUUAGCCCUGAAAACAACCAGGUAUUGACCAAGAAGAAAUUACAAGACCUAGUAAGAGAAGUGGAUCCUAAUGAGCAGCUUGAUGAAGAUGUGGAAGAGAUGCUGCUACAGAUCGCUGAUGAUUUUAUUGAAAGUGUGGUGACAGCUGCCUGCCAGCUUGCUCGGCACCGCAAGUCCAGCACCCUAGAGGUGAAAGACGUCCAGCUGCAUUUAGAGCGCCAGUGGAACAUGUGGAUCCCAGGCUUUGGCUCUGAGGAAAUCCGACCCUACAAAAAAGCUUGUACCACAGAAGCUCACAAACAGAGAAUGGCAUUGAUCCGGAAAACAACCAAGAAAUAACACAGGGAACAGUCAGGGAAUGGACGACGUGUACUUGGAGAUACUUGAGCUGAGACCUCAGCCAUCUCAUCCUUGGAUUUUUUUUUAAAUGCUUUACAGAGAAGCAUAUAUUUUUUAUUAACAGUGCAGCAAUAUCUAUAAUGACUGAGAAGAUCUGCCAAAAGAAUAAAGCCCUCCUACCCCACCUUCUGAUCCCUUUUCCCUGCCGUCUCAAAGAGAAGCAGUGUAUCUACUGGAGAAGAUUUUGCCUGUGGUUUAUUAUAGAAGUGAUUGGCCGUAGGAAGAGCAUUUUGGUCGUGUUGGGUGAGACAGUGUUAGCAAGUUUGUAGAGGGUUUGUCUCCUCCUUCCCCCAUCCCUGUACUUUGUAAUGUCAGUGUUUAUAUGAAUAUGAACUUGAUUUGCUUUUCCAGAAUAAAGGAGUUAUUAAUUGAAGACACAGGGUGUAUAGCUGAGAGCCUUUGAAAUGCCAGGGUCCCAGCAAGGCUGGGAGUGCUGCAGUCAGCAGGUGGCAGUACAGGCAGUGAUCGUGUUAAAGAAACCGGCAGGGAUUUCCCACUCUUACUCCAAAGGAACAAGCCAGCAGUAGGAGUUGGAGCACUUUCUCUGCCACCAGACACGGUGACCUCUGCUAAGCCCCCAAAUAAACAAGCAUUCUAGUUUUGAUAA